AUGAGUAAUAGAAUGUCACAACCGUUCAUUGAGCUUCAGAAAGUAUAUUACGUAGCAUUGUGUGCUCUUGGGAUUCCAGGAAACCUGUUUGCAGUUUAUAUCAUCUGUCAUCGCCAAUGCAGUUUCUCAAAAACGACGACUAUUUAUUUGACUGCUCUGGCUGUUUCAGACACCAUCUGCCUAAUCUGGGCAGCUAUCUUGAAUCUAGCAAAGCUGUGGCUGGGCCCAAAUGCCAGCUGGGUCUACACCCCUUGGUGGUGCAUGUCCAUCAUUUUGGAAUAUGGCACCAUUCUCUGCUCGGUCUGGAUUAUUAUGGCCUUCACUAUUGAAAGGUAUAUUGUUAUAUCCAACAAGGGGCUGAGGUACCACAUAACUAAACCAAAGAAUGCCAUCUGGGCUGUUAUUACAGUUGUGACCCUUUCUUACAUAUCAGCAUUCCUUGCUUUUCUAUUGAAUAAAUUUGCCAGAAGGCCAGCGAUGGUAAACAGAUCUGUUUUAAUGAAUUACACUGGAGAAUGUGCCAUGUUCAGUAACACAUACUUUCCAACAGCGAUUUGGCUGAACACAAUUAUAUCGGGCGGUGUUCCUUAUCUAUUGAUCCUUGUCUUCAGUGUGCUGAUAGCCUACCGCUUACACACAAAAACCAGGAUUCAUCCAGAAUUUGAGAACACAGCAUUCAAAAUCACCAGAAUAAAAAUCAAGAAGUCACUUCAGAUCCUGCUUGUUGUCUCAUUCACUGCUGUUGCUCUUGGUCUGCCCCGAUUCAUUUCAGAGUGUUUACCACGUUCCUUGGGUGGUGUGAAUUACUUUGAUUACAACACGAUUGCAAACAUGAUACCAGAUAUCUUGUUUAUGCUACAAUGGUUUAAUUCUGCUAUAAACUUCUGGCUCUUUAGUUCUGCGUCGUCUGCCUUUCGACAGGAGUGUGUGGCUAUUGUCACCAGGCAGAUCUGUAGGAAACAGGCUUCAAGGACUGUAGCAGCAGUACCUGUCGACUCCUUAAAGACAGUGUUCAGAAGUAAUUACUGCUGUGCAGAAUGAACGUGUUACCAGGAGCUUAAACUUACCAACAGAGGAGCUCGAGACACAAGUUUUCUGAGUUGCAGUUAACAGUUGAAAGCCUUUUGUUUUGCAAUGUGUGUGACUGGCAUUUGAUUUGAAGCAAGGUACAGUUUUUGAAUUGUUGAAUCUAAUUUGUAUAUUUAUAUGAAUUGCUCAAUGUAAAAAUUUGGAAAUACGCUAAUUUCAGUUGGAGGUUCCAGAGGAUAACUCAAGGCUUUUCAUUUCCAGGAUCAAGACAUAGAACCAGCCUUUGUUUUCUUUCUUGAUUACCUGUGAGCCUGUUGACAGAAAUAUGAUUUGUCAGUUAGAACCCAGUCCCUCUCAGUAAAAACUUUUAACAUAAAAAUAACUUCAAUCUCACAGAAUCCCAGAAUAGUUCUGGUGCAGAAAGAGGCCAUUCAAUCCAUUGUGUCUCUCCCAGAUCAUUAAGGGAGCCUCAUUACCUUGUGCUAAUCUCCUGUUUUCUCCUUAUACUCUGGCGAAUCACUUUUAGAACAUAGAAAAUUACAGAACAGUACAGGCCCUUCGGCCC